AUGGGGCACCUCUUCCUCCCUGAAGAGACGAAUAAUCCUGCGGAAAUCAUCCUCGGACUUGGGAAUUAUCCUGAUUCCUGCAUCGACGGCAACCGCGCGCUCGAAUUUGAUGCCCAAAGAAAUAAACCUGUGAUUUACGCCUCGCCAUCUCGAAGCAUCGCGAAGAACGAUGGGGAAACCUCCAACCCACACUUCAUCCUUUCCGAGGUAAAAUUUCCAAGUGAAAAAGGAAGAAAACCUUGCAGCUUUUUCUCGCGAUGCGCCCAUGUUAAACGUUUGUGUUACCCCAUAUGUUUCCCCGGCAGUGUACAGUCACUGGCUGAUCCCAAUUGGGAUAAUUUAACAGCAAUGCCAUGUGGCCUGCUGGAAGCCUGGCAGCCGGAAGGGUGA